CGUGUGUGCGCCUCUUGUCGGCAGUCUCGUGAGUCGCACGGAUCUAACAGCCGCCUUUGUGCGCGUGAAGCACCGUGGUCGACGCACCUGUGAGGAGCGAGUUCACGUGAGCGGAUCUUAAACUGGAGCUCAGCAGUCGGAUGCGCAACUAAGUGAUGGAAGUAAAAGAGGCCAGUGGAUCCCUUGUCAGCUCCAUCUCCCAACGAACAAUAUGGAGGAAAUUCAUCUCGCCCUGAUAUCUGGAAAAGUCCAUCCCAUCAGACCUCGCAGAACAAGUCUUAAUAGCAUCUGUUCUGAAGUGUAAAAGAAACAUAUUGAAACAUCACCUGUCCCUAGCCGCUCUCUCGGUAACCCUACUUCGGAAAACAGCACAAUCUGUGGUACGACCACUGCCCUGCAACUACUGGACCAUUUACUGAUGUAAAGAUAGUGACACUAAGACUGUUAACCACAACUACUGUUCUCCAGCCGCUGCCUUUUUCCCUUUUGAAAAUCUAUUUUUAUAAGAAAUAUUUAUUAGAAUAUAACUGCCCAUUUUAUUCAUAAAUCUUUGGAUCUUAGAAAUCGUUUGGAUCACACUAACAUUUCCAUUAUUAGUUUUCCGUCAGACACCUACUCGGAUUAAAACAUUAUUUGCAGCCAUGGGUCUUGUAGGUUUUUAUAUCACUCUACAAGUGCUCCUCAGCACGUGUCUGGGACUGGAAUUUUUAGGCACACCAGGUCAGUGGGCCCGCUACCUCCGCUGGGAUGCCAGCACCCGAGGCGACCUCAGCUUCCAGUUCAAGACGGAGGCCUCGGAGGCGCUGCUGCUGUACUUUGACGAUGGAGGCUACUGUGACUUUCUGCAGCUGUCAGUGGCGGGGGGCCGACUGCAGCUGAGCUUCAGCAUCGACUGCGCUGAGACCUCUGUCUUGUCUGACAGACGGGUGGAUGACAGCAGCUGGCACUUUGCCAGUCUUAGCAGGUACAACCUGCGCACAGUGCUGGUACUGGACGGCCAGGCCAAAGCAGACGAGGUACGGCCACAGCGCCAGUUCAUGAACAUAGUCAGCGACCUGUUCCUGGGUGGAGUGCCUCAGGAUAUCCGCCAAGGUGCGCUCACACUGCCUACGGUGCGAAACACGCAGCCCUUCAGGGGCUCCAUUACAGACCUCAAAUAUGGUAUUUCACUACCUCUGCUCCUGGGAAGCCUCAAGGUGCCCCUGGAGUCAGAAGGGUGGUGCACGGUGAACCCAUGUGAGAAUGGAGGUACGUGCGCCGUGGUGGACGGAGAGCCCUUCUGCGACUGCUCCAAAACCGAAUACAAGGGCCGCUUCUGUAGUGAAGGGUUCAACAAUAAUAUGCCAGGCCUUGCACAUAUGAUGGCAGAACAAGCUAAAAGCAAAGGUACAGCUUUUUCGAAAUCUUUCCUUUACGGCCUCUAUGAAAAACGACGCUUACUCUCCAGAGAAGAGAAUGUGGCCACUUUCCGUGGCUCUGAGUACUUCUGCUACGAUCUCUCCCAGAAUCCCAUCCAGAGCAGCAGCGAUGAGAUUACUCUCUCCUUCAAGACGUGGCAGCGCAAUGGCCUCAUCCUUCACACCGGCAAGUCAGCUGACUACGUCAACCUGGCACUGAAGGACGGCGCCGUGUCCCUCGUUAUCAAUCUGGGCUCUGGAGCCUUUGAAGCCAUCGUGGAGCCAGUCAAUGGAAAGUUCAAUGACAAUUCAUGGCACGAUGUCAAAGUGACCCGCAACCUCCGGCAGGUGACAAUAUCAGUGGAUGGGAUUUUGACCACCACCGGUUACACCCAGGAAGACUACACUAUGUUGGGUUCUGAUGACUUCUUCUAUGUUGGUGGAAGCCCCAGCACUGCGGACCUGCCUGGAUCUCCAGUCAGCAACAACUUCAUGGGUUGUCUCAAGGAGGUGGUGUAUAAGAACAAUGACAUCCGUCUUGAGUUGUCCCGCCUGGCACGCAUUGUGGACCCUAAAAUGAAAAUCCAGGGUGAAGUAUCCUAUAAGUGUGAGAAUGUGGCCACUCUAGACCCCAUUUCCUUUGAAACUCCCGAGGCCUAUAUCAGCCUCCCAAAGUGGAACACGAAGCGGAUGGGAUCCAUCUCUUUUGAUUUCCGCACAACAGAGCCCAACGGCCUCAUCCUCUUCACCCAUGGCAAACCUCAGGAGCGGAAAGACGCUGCCCGCAGCCAGAAGAACACCAAGGUGGAUUUCUUUGCAGUUGAGUUGCUGGAUGGCAGCUUGUACCUUCUGUUGGACAUGGGCUCAGGUACUAUUAAGGUGAAGGCCACCCAGACAAAGGUCAAUGAUGGUGCCUGGUAUCACGUGGACAUCCAGAGAGAUGGACGCUCAGGGACCAUCUCCGUAAACAGCAGAAGGACCCCUUUCACAGCUAGUGGUGAGAGUGAGAUUCUCGACUUGGAGGGCGACAUGUAUCUGGGGGGGCUUCCCAGUGACCGCACCAACCUGAUCCUGCCCACUGAGCUCUGGACGGCAAUGCUCAACUAUGGCUACGUGGGAUGUAUACGUGACCUUUUCAUUGACGGUCGAAGCAAAGACAUCCGUCAGAUUGCUGAGGCACAAAAUGGCGCUGGCAUCAAACCCUCGUGCAAUAAGCAACCUGGCAAGCAAUGUGAGAGCUACCCAUGCAAGAACCGGGGAGUCUGCAAAGAAGGCUGGAAUAGAUUCAUCUGUGACUGCACUGGCACUGGAUACUGGUCACGCACCUGUGAGAGAGAGGCCUCCAUCCUCUCUUAUGAUGGCAGCAUGUAUAUGAAGGUGGUGAUGCCGAACAUCAUGCACACUGAGGCUGAGGACGUCUCCCUGCGUUUUCGCUCCCAGCGGGCAUAUGGCCUACUCAUGGCCACCACUUCUCGAGAAUCAGCCGAUACACUCAGGCUGGAGUUGGAUGGCGGUCGCGUCAAACUCACGGUCAACCUAGACUGUAUCAGGAUAAACUGUAACUCCAGCAAGGGACCGGAGACCCUGUAUGCUGGGCAAAAGCUCAAUGAUAAUGAAUGGCAUACAGUGCGAGUGGUGCGUCGUGGCAAAACCUACAAGCUAACUGUUGACGAUGAUGUAGCAGAAGGCCAGAUGGUGGGCGACCACACUCGUUUGGAGUUCCACAACAUUGAAACAGGAAUCAUGACAGAGCGUCGAUUUGUUUCCAGCAUCCCAUCCAGCUUCAUUGGUCAUCUGCAGAGUCUGAGAUUUAACGGCAUGCUCUACAUUGACCUGUGCAAAAACGGUGACAUAGAUUAUUGCGAGCUCAAUGCACGCUUUGGGAUUCGUUCUAUCAUCGCUGACCCUGUCACCUUCAAAUCCAAGAGCAGCUAUCUGAGCCUGGCCACCUUACAGGCCUAUACAUCCAUGCACCUCUUCUUCCAGUUCAAGACAACCUCCCCAGACGGCUUCAUAAUCUUUAACUCUGGAGAUGGCAACGAUUUUAUCGCUGUAGAACUGGUAAAAGGAUACAUCCACUACGUUUUUGACCUUGGAAAUGGGCCCAACCUCAUCAAGGGCAAAAGUGACAGGGCAUUGAAUGACAACCAGUGGCACAAUGUGGCCAUCACCCGAGACAACAGCAACACCCACACACUGAAAGUAGAUGCAAUAGCCACUACUCAGAGUAUCAACGGAGCCAAGAAUCUGGACCUAAAAGGUGAUCUGUUCAUCGCAGGACUGGGUCCAGGUAUGUAUGGCAACCUGCCAAAACUAGUGGCUUCCAGAGAAGGCUACCAAGGCUGUUUGGCAUCAAUCGACCUCAACGGUCGCCUACCGGAUCUCCUCAAUGACGCCUUGUUUCGCAGCGGGCAGAUAGAGCGUGGAUGUGAAGCAAUUAACUUGGAUCUGAACAGCCUCUUUGGCAGAGCAGCUUGCAUCAGUUUACCAGGUCCCAGCACCACCUGUCAGGAGGACUCUUGUGCCAACAUGGGUAUUUGUAUCCAGCAGUGGGAGAACUACACAUGUGACUGCUCCAUGACCUCCUACACUGGCAUACAGUGCAAUGACCCUGGCACAACGUACAUCUUUGGUAAAGGAGGAGGCCUCAUUACAUUCAAGUGGCCAGCUAAUGAGAGACCGAGCACCAGGACGGACAGGCUGACCGUUGGCUUUAGCACCUCCCUGAAAGAUGGCAUCCUGGUCAGGAUUGAAAGUGCCCCUGGUCUGGGGGACUAUCUGAUGCUGCACAUUCAACAAGGCAAAAUUGGAGUGACAUUCAACAUUGGCACAGUGGAUAUCAGUGUUCGGGAGAGCAGUACCCCCGUAAAUGAUGGGAAGUAUCAUGUUGUUCGCUUUACCAGGAAUGGUGGCAAUGCUACACUGCAAGUGGAUAACUGGUCAAUCAAUGAGCACUUCCCAACAGGGAACAGUGACAUUGAACGCUAUCAAAUGGCCAAUAAGAAAAUUCCUUUCAAAUACGCCAGACCAGUAGAAGAAUGGCUGCAAGAGAAAGGACGGCAGCUAACAAUUUUCAACACUCAAGCAGCAGUCGCAAUUGGUGGUAGUGAUCAUGGGCGGCCCUUUCAGGGUCAAGUGUCUGGCCUUUAUUACAAUGGCCUCAAAGUGUUGAACAUGGCUGCUGGGGGAAACCCCAACAUCAAGAUUAAUGGAAGUGUAAGGUUGGUAGGGGAUGUACCCAGUGUAGCAGGCUCAGCCAGGACCACAGCAAAUUCACCGGAGAUGUCAACUACCUUUAUUGAGACCACUACCAUGAUGUCUACUACUACCACGCGGAAACACAGAUCCUCCUCCACUGUGCAGAAGCAUACAGAUGAAAUGGUGUCAUCUGCAGAGUGUGCGAGUGAUGAUGAAGAUCAGGAGGAGUGUGGAACUAGCAAAGCAGGUGGGACAGCACUCCCCACAGAGCCGGGCGUAAGGCGAGUUCCAGGGCCCUCGGAAGUGGUCCGUGAAUCUAGCAGCACCACCGGGAUGGUCAUCGGAAUAGUGGCGGCCGCUGCCCUAUGCAUCCUCAUCCUUCUGUAUGCCAUGUAUAAGUACAGAAACAGGGAUGAAGGCUCCUACCAAGUGGACGAGAGCAGGAACUACAUAACCAACUCCGCUGUGCAGAGCAAUGGCGCUGUCAUUAAGGACAAACAGCAGAGCUUGAAAGGCAGCAACAAGAACCAGAAAAAUAAGGAUAAGGAGUACUAUGUGUGACUGUGAGACUUUUGUGAGCAUGAAAGAGUGAAGAAAGAAAGCACUGACAGAACAUUUACGUAUCGGUUUCCUCGCGAGGAGCUAUGACAAAUGAUGGUAAAACAUGGAACUUGAAUAAUAUACUGUGCUGAGUAGUUGAAAUGAUUAUAUGUACUGUAAUAUAAAGCACACUUACUAUUGUAAGCAUAACGACAAGGCUAAAUAGCAACUUUAGAGACCUUACUCUUCUAUCUGGUCUGAAACGUUAUCAGUAUAGAACAAUUUUACAGCUACAUCAUUCUCCGAAGUGACUUUUUGAGCUUGGUGAUCCUUGGCAUUAAACAACUUUUUUGUGGAAGAUUAUUCAUUACAAAAGGCUCAUAAGCUUAUAUAUUUUCAGCAUGUAGUGCUUAACAAGAGGGGUCAGGCCAACUGUAAUUAUAAAAAAGGACUCGAUACAUUGGAGUAGGACACAUUUUUAUGGUUUAUACAUUAUACAAGUGUGUUGUCUAACAUAUUUUGCUGAAAGCAAAAGGAAAAAAAAUACAAGAGAACUGCGGGAAAAGACUAUUUCUGUGUAUGAAUGAUACCAAGUGAGAAAAAUUGCCACAGAUCUGAAAUCUGUUUGCUCUGGCAUUUGAUCCGUAUUGCUUGACAGACCUUGCAGAAAGAAGUGGUGUUUGUCUAGGUAGAAAGCAACUGAUUGUUAAAUGCAUGCCAACCUAAUUCUACAGUAAAGUACAGUACAGUAAAAGUCCAGUAAACAGUGUUCAGCUUGGACCAUGUUCUCUUAUUUAAUGCCAAACAAUUAUUCAUUAUCUGAUCAGAACUGAGACCCUAACCUGUCAGAAAUAUUGAAGAUGGAAAAAUCUCUUAAAAUGUAUUAUUGAUGCACAGCCAAUGGUGGUUUUAUCUUUUUGCAAAACUGUAUGUUGGUUUGUUGCCUGUUGUUCUUAUUUUCUAUGGAGGGGUGAGGAGAAAGAUACAUGCAGUACUACAACACUGUUAACAAAUGUUUAUACAGACUCAAAUGUUGAAAGUGUCAAUUAUAUCUGCUGUCACAGUAAACUGUGUCAAAAACAUAAAAUUUGUUUACAUAUUUUAUUACAUGCUAGCUGUUGUACUUUGUAGGUAGAAAACUGUACAUAUAUCAUGACAGUUGUAAUUUUUAGUACUUCUAUUGUACAGACACAUGAUUUAUUGACGUAUUUUAUGACAGAUCUAUUAACUGUUGAUUUAAAUGGCGAAAAACCUGGAAUGUGGAGAAUAAUAUUGAUAAUUCAUGAAGAAUAAAAUGUAUUGUUAGCCUAGUUCUAACCAGAGAUGUUUCUAAAGUUGCAUGAAUAUUGAACUACUUGCAGUUGUCCAACAAAGGUGCCCUUCCCUCUGUAUCAUGGUUUACAUGUUCUGGGGUACACUAGUGAUAUUUCCUUUUGAAAGAGAAUAAAGUGAGAGUUAUGACAAAUACAGAAAGACAAAGAGGCCGUAAUAGAUGGGUUUUCACGUUUCAAAAGAGCUAAAAUGGUGGUGGUGUCUGUAUGCGUGUUGGGGUUGGUUUGGGCCUAAGUGGGACUGGUCACCUUAAAUCAUUGUCGUGUCACCUUUUUAUCAUUAGUCAACAAUAUUAUACUGUCCAUUUGUGUUUCCAUUAUCUGUCAUUGUCACUUAUGAUGUAAAGGUGCGAUCUUUUACUUUCCAGAAAUCCACCUUUUGUGUUAUAAUUGUUACUUUCCAUAAUCUUUUUCCAUCAGUUUGAUAACAAAUAAAACAUUAUUUUUUCUCUGAAAUUAUACUGCAGUCCUUGGAUGAAUACAGUAAAGCAACCUCUGAUCAAUGAUCUACCAUUUCAAUAUUUUUUACCAGAUUCAUCAGGAAAAAGAACAUCGGGUGGCUUUGAUGCACCGGAAAACUUUCUUUAUAACCUUAAAAACAAGUGAGCCACAAGAAAAGUUAAGCUAUCUGCUGCUUCAGAACUGUGUGGAUGUGGUUCUUGCUCACAAUUGCGCAGUCGAUGUCAUUGACUUAUUGGAUUAAGUUGUUUGUACUGUAGAAGUGCAGUAAAGGGAAUGUAUACCAAAUACUGGUUUCAGAUCGGGGGUUGUGGCCAUCAUCAACCAUUUUGUGGCCAAUAUCCUGUGCCUGGGGCAGUUCUCAUCCAAUAGGCUCCCGGAAGUCCAACUUCUGCCUGAGCAAAUCUAUUCACAACUUUUGCAAAUUUGCAUUACCAAGAGCAGAAAGAAUGUGCAUUUUAAAGUACUGUAUUCAUAGUUAAUAAUGUAUCCAUCACUGCCUAAUCAGUCGCAAUUCUUCACUCACUGACAUCAAAAGAUACCAAAUUGUGUGAAAUGGAGGUCAAACCCUACUGUUCGAAACUCAUAUUUAUUUCUGUUAUAUUGCUGCUUUUGAACAGAAUAAAAGCUCCAUAGAUUUUA